AAGCAGCAGGCAUUCAAGAGACACAGUGUCAAAAAUUAGGCCUACUUCAAUUAUUGCCACGGUAAUCCAUGUCCAAAUCAAAGUAAUCAAAUGCUCAGUUUUUAUAUGUACUGCCCAAAAAAAUCCCAAAUAGCCUAGUUAUUGGUAGUUUCUCAGACAAGGACACAAACAGUUGGCAGGAUUAUAGAUAUACCAGCAAGAUUCUUAAAAGGUCAAGUGUCUGAAAUAGUUAUUAUUCCUGCUAUUAUCGCUCAUUUGCGACCUGCGUGCCAACAAAGUGGCAAACUGUCGUGUUAUUUUUAGCUGCACUGACUGAAAACUGAGAGGUUAAAGAAGUCUGACUUUUGUUAUCUGUUCUGUUAAUCAGUUCUUAGAUGAAGAGAAAAUACAGUGAUAGAGAGCAACAGUGUCUAGUACAAAACAGGGUGUAAUUAAAAUGGUCUUCAGUGUUAUUGUAUAUACUUUGAAUCUAGAAGACUGCCCUCCUAGAAAAAAACAUAAGUCCUGUCAAUUAGCUGAUGUCACGGACGACAAAAGCCACAUGUUGACAAGACUCAGCGAAGUACAACAGCCCUGCAAUAACAGAAUUCAUUUUUGUUGUGUUAGCUUUCUCCCAUUUUGUCUCCCUAUGCAGCUGGGGUAUUUUUCUAAUAGACUGGGCUGCUGCAUGCUGGAUUGGAGCCACUGAGAUCUCCAGAUGCAGCGGUGCAAACACGUGGCAGGAUGCCUGAGGAUUACUGUUCACAGUGCUCUAAAUACGGAUGUGUGUUUUGUACAGUAAAAUGCUGACAUGAGGUUGGCCAGUGUCGGGGUCGGGGUCCGGGCCCGGAGGGCUGCAGAGCCGUCUGAACCGGAGUCGGAGGAAGCAACAGAGCCGGCUCACCACGAGCACUCCCAUGCAGAACACCAUGAGCACUCGCAUACAGAACAUCACCCCGGCCACGACUACAACCACAUGAAGGAGAAGUUCAUGAAUGAACUCGGCCAUCUGCCAAUCCCCGUGUGGGCGGUAGCAGCCAUCGUUGUGGUGGUCCUUGUUUUGGUGGCGUGCUUCAUCUUCUGCCUUUUCAAGAAAUGCUUUGCGAAAAAGAAAAAGCCAAAGAAAGUGAGGGAGAGGAAAGCAGGUCGCCGCAAAAAGGAAAAGGAAGGUGAAGGAGAGGCGGGAGAGAAGGAGGGGGAGGUGAAGAAGGAAGGAGAAGAAGAGGAGAAGGAACAGGAAAAGUUGGGUAAGCUGGAGUUCUCGUUGGACUACAACUUCACAGAUGCCCAGCUCAUAGUGGGUAUCCUUCAGGCUCAGGACCUCGCAGCUAUGGACAUGGGGGGAACCUCAGACCCCUAUGUCAAAGUCUUUUUGUUGCCAGACAAAAAGAAGAAGUACGAGACCAAAGUUCAGCGCAAGAACUUAUGCCCCGUUUUCAACGAGACUUUCAUCUUCAAGAUCCCGUAUGCAGAGUUGGGCGGAAAGACUUUGGUGCUGCAAGUUUUUGACUUUGACCGUUUCUCCAAGCACGAUAUGAUCGGCGAGAUAAAGAUCCCCAUGAACAGCGUUGAUUUGGGACAGCCAAUGCAACAAUGGAGAGACUUGGAGAGUGGUGAGAAGGAGGAGCAAGAAAAACUGGGUGAUAUUUGCAUUUCUUUACGAUAUGUACCAACUGCUGGAAAACUGACUGUGAACAUCAUGGAGGCAAAGAACCUGAAGAAAAUGGAUGUUGGUGGUUUAUCAGAUCCGUAUGUGAAGAUUGUUCUGCAGCAAAAUGGGAAGCGGAUUAAAAAGAAAAAGACGACAGUCAAGAAAAACACGCUCAAUCCUUACUUUAAUGAGAGUUUCAGCUUUGACGUCCCCUUUGAGCAGAUACAGAAAGUGCAAGUCGUCAUCACGGUGUUUGACUACGACAAACUUGGAAGCAAUGACCCCAUUGGAAAAACCUUCAUGGGUUAUGGAGCUACGGGAGUCGGCCUGCGCCACUGGUCAGAUAUGCUUGCUAACCCUAGGCGUCCAGUUGCUCAGUGGCACACUCUUCUGCCAGAAGAAGAAGUCGACGCGGCAGUCAAAGCAAAACCUCGUUAAAAUCGCACCUUGCUCAAUUAUCAAAUACUGCUGAUGUGUUAUUGUUUAUCCUGAUGUUUUCUCAAUUUGCAUGUUCUGUUUUCCAUUUUGUUUCUUUUACGAUACUUUAAUAUGUGUGUGUGCAUGUGUGAUGUACAGACAUUUUUUGAUAUUUGGUUGUUACUCGGCUUCCCCUAGUUACCUUAGACAGUAUUGUAAACCAAUAUCACUUUGUAUUUGUGUAAAUUGGAAACACUUAUCUGUAAAUGUUCACCUUGUGUGUAUGCUCAUGCAUGGGUCUAGUAAAAUCCGGAUGCACAAAGAGUUUCAGAGUUAAUUUGUGUACUGAAAAGUUACUCUGAAAACAUGGUCGAGCAGGGACACUCAACAUGCUUUACCCAUGGGCCACUUGCAAAAUGACAGAGGACCAGGGACCCGUUAAUACACAAACAUUAAUAACAUUUAUCAGUACAUAUAAUAAAUUAAUUUCCUGCUUUCCACCUCUCAACAUUUGCUGUCCUCGUGUAUCUUUGCCAAGAGAAAAAUCCAGCUGCAGCAUUUCUGCACAGGUCAGGUGUAUAUGCAGGGGUGUCAGCAAGCCACCCGGCACCCUAUUGCAGGCCAGAUUUGGCCCAUGGGAUGUAAGUUGAGGAUCACUGUGGCAGAGCUUCUACAUUUCAUGGUAUGCAGUCCUGAAACAUGCUUGUUGUAAUGCUCUGGAUCUUUUCAAAUCUAAAUAAACUCACA